AUGACACGGUUACCGACCAGUCAUUUUGACAUGCGCCGAACCGACUCCAUCAACUCAUCCACUGCUCUGACUGGCGUGCAGCGAGCCGACUCCGGCAUUUCAUCCAUCGAGCACUUGGGGGUCCCGAGGACCGACUCCAGCAGGUCUGCCGCGUCGACGGCCAGUUGGGGUUUGGACUAUCUUCAAGAAGAGAAGAUUGCGCCGCUCAAAUGGAUCAAGUCUCCGGUGAAUGUGAGGACGGACAGCAGUGGAGAGGCCAGCGACAACGCCGCCGCCAGUGACAAUGGCGAGGAGAACAACAAGAACACCAAUGCCACCACGGCCAACGAGGUCUUGCACCUCUCUGUACGAGAAAAUGCCAACACAAUCGAGCUCUUUUCCGACCUUUUCUUUAUCGCGAACCUGGAAACAUUUACCAGCGCACAUUCGGUCAACAACGUCAACACUCUUGUAGCAUAUGUUUCCUUUUUCAGCAUCAUCUGGUUCACCUGGUUCCAGAUUACUCUUCACGAUGUCCGCUUCUCCUUGGACUCUGGGUACGAACGCGUCUGCAAGCUGGCUCAGUUCUGUAUCUUUGUGGGCUUUGCCUUCGUGGGGUCAUCCUUCGACCCGGAGCAAGAUGGACAAAACAAUCAAAGGCGGCCCGUGACCCUCGGCAUCUCAAUCGUCUGGAGGAAGACGGGAUUCAAGCGCACUCAUCUCACAGAGCGCAUGGGGCUUCUAACGCUUGUCAUCAUCGGCGAGGGCGCCAUUGGAGCGACCAAGACGGUGGGCAAGGUCAUGGGCAACGAUGACCAUCCCCCCAGCCGGUCUGGGCCGUGCCGCACUUUUCCCUUUCCACCCGGGCAAGAUUCGGCAUCGUCGAAGGCUCGCAGCAGAUCAUCCUGGCCGUGGCACGUGCUGCGCAGGUUCAUCUCGUUCCGUAAAGAUGUGCGGGUGGCCUGCAUCGAGCAGCACCUCGACGGGGCGGCCCUCGUGCGCGCCAUCACCAAGGCACUGGACGAGCUCAAACUCGACGACGACUCGAAUGGCAGGGACUGGCUGCCCCGGAUCCUCGACGAGGUCCGGACGCUCGGCAACACGACCGACGUCUGCUCUCUCGGCAGUCUAGGCGCCGGCACCUCGUCCCUGCCACCGGCCUUUGACACGCUGACGAGGACGCUGACGACGGCGCUCGCCGACUCGGUCAACCCGUCGUCGUCGUCCGCGGCCCUGCCGGCUCAGCACCCGGGCUACAUGGCUAUCUACGCCUACUACUGGGGCUCCCUGUCGCUGGCCCUCGUGUUCCUCGCCCUCUUCAUCCUCAUCACCCGCCGCACCGACCGGCCCUUGACCCUCUCGGACCGCGCCGCGCUCGCCGUCCGCGCCGCCGUCGCGCUCACGGCCCUGGGCCUCGCCGCCGCCGCCGCCUCUGAGCGCUUCCUCAUGCUCUACCUCGAGAACGGCGCCACGCUGCCGACAGUCGCCGGCUGCUUUCUCAUCAUCGUCGCCUUCGACCGUUGGGCCAAGGGCGUCAGCGCCAGCCGCCUCAGGCGCGAGCUGACGGGGUCUCUAGAGUACUGGGAUAAGGAGUUGCAAGAGUAA